AACACUACAUAUUAGCCGUCGUCCUUCAGAAUGAAGGAAACGCUUGAACCGGUGGAGCUGCAGUAAUAUCACAACAAAGCUGAAUUGAACUGGUAUUUUCAGAUCUUGAGAUACCAUGGCAGGGCAGCUCAAGGACAGAGAAGCUUACCAAAGACUUAAUUAUCUGUAUCAGGUAAGAGAUAGACGAUUUAGUGAGAGUUUAUCGUCAGUAGCCUCAUGGCUGAAACACCUCAUUGUGCUAACCAGUUUGUUUUGAUCUGUUUCCCCCUCCUCAGGCGGCUCAUUGUGUUUUAUCUCAAAACCCUGAAAAUGUGGAGCUGUCCCGUUUUUACAGUUUCACACAGAAGACUAUAGCGAGGCGGUUAGUCCUGAGACAGUAAGUCCAAACAUGUGUGAGAUCAUUUUCUUCUUCGACACUAGUUAUUAGAAAGUGGUUGGUCUCCAGAGCGCUGCUGUGCCGCCCACUAGUGGACAAACAUGGCAAAUUAUUUAGGGGCAAAUUUUAAAAUGCAAAAAAAUAUAUCAAAAUCUCAAAGUUUACAUCCACUCAUCUUCUGUAAUUACACUUAAUCUGAAGUUUUAAUUUCCUUUAAGUUAUUGUUACUUUCUUUGUGUUUCGGUCUUGUCUUGGUGAUAAAGUUAUUGUCUGGAGGGGAUUAUAUGUUGUUCCUAAAGCUGUGUAUUAUUCAGCAUUAAGAGGAGGUUUAAUAUUGCGUUCAUCAUUUCCCAAAAGAAUGUCAAAUUUUGAUCCAUCAGACCACUGAAAAGUUUUUUUUUACUCCCCCACAGUCUUUCUUAUAAGUAAAACUCAGACACGACCAUUGCAUCCUUACUGUUAAGGUUUAGUUUGUGUGUGAAUAAUAGUUUCGGUUUGUGUUUUUUUUUUUAUUGUAGGGACCCAUCAAUCAAAAGAACAAUGUGCAAGAAGUGCUGCUCGCUGCUCAUACCUGGUGUGACUGCAACAGUGAGACAAAGAAGUGAGUCAAUUUGUAGUUUACAGUAAAAGUCCUUCUGCUGUUUGUUUUCUUAUUUCCCUGCAUAGUAAAAUAAAUGUGACUGUGGCUGAUCUUGACUAAACUGUUUCUCAGUGUUUCUGAUCUGUUUAGUAGAUGUAUAGAAUAGAGACACUCACCUUUGUCUUUGUGUUUUGAUUUUGUCUCUUCAGGAAAAAACAGAAAGACUCGUUUUACAGUCAUGAGGUGUAUCAGCUGUGGACAGAGCAAAUCCCUGUUGAAUAAUCCAGAUUAUAGUUUAUGGGCUGAUCAGCCCGAAGCUCAGCUGCAGCCACAGAAACAAACAGGUGAUGAUCAUCUCAGCGCACUGUACAACACCUUCAUAAAGUUCAGUUUUAUGAGCGUACUAUCUAAACAUUCAUACUUCCACAAUAAGUCUUGUGGUUUGAAACCCAGUUUGUCAUGAUUUGCAGUUGAUACAAAAGUCAAAAAUUUAACUCCUGUUAAGGGGAUAGUGACUUGAGAAGGACAAACUGAUUGUUAACAUUUAUAUCUGUCUUAUCCACAGGUCCAGGGUCAUCAGGUGAGAAGCAGCAUAAAAAAACAAAGCCUGGAGAGUCUGUGUCUUCUCAGAGUUCUGCCUCUACACAGCAGCAGCAGAGCAUUUCUUCCUCCUCAGGAAACAAGGACUAAUUUUUGUCUUUAUUUUGGGUAUAACAUACCGUAUUUUUCACACAAUAAGGCGAACUUAAAAUCCUUUUGGCUUGUCGGAGUACUGCAGCUACCAUAGCCUCGCAGAGUUAUUGAAUGAGUUAAGUAAAGUUUGACUUAUCUGACUGUUUUGUUUGGCUUAAUGCGCUUUAUUAUCCGGUGCACCUUAUGUAUGAAAAUAGACGGGAAUAGAUGCGUUCAUUGAUGGUGCGCCUUAUAAUCAAGUGCGCCUUAUAGUGCAAAACUAUGGUAUGUAAGCUUUUUUUGUGCAUAUAUUUUGAUCUGAUGAAGAAGAGUGAUAUUAUUUAAAUGCCAUGUCUUGUGCAUGGUUAGUUCUUGAUUUUUCCAUUUUUGGUUCUAUUGAUUGUUAGAGCAAAGAUCCAUAAUAAAUUGGCAAAUCAUCUGUGUUGGUACAGAUAAUUUUUUUUGAUAAUUUUGUGCCAGUAUGACAGCCUGAGAGGCUGGAGUGUGAAUGAAGCUCACCUUAUGUCAGCUGCUGACUAUUUAGGCCAUCUAAUGGGGAGAUUUUAACACACACCUGAGGCUGGUAAAAUCCCCCUUAAAAAUAUUGAAAACUGGAAUGUUGACAUGUAACACAAGUAAAAGAAGCUUUCAUAUUUUACCCUCUGAGUGUGUUCUCAACAUUUUUUUAUGUGUAUCAUCAGUGGACUUCAGGUGGAUGCACACAAAAAAUGAGUCUGAAAACAGUCAGUAUUUUGGGUUCUCAUAAGUAAAUGUACCCCUAUUAGAUCAGUUUGUUUUUCUGCAAUGUAACUCGUAAUGUCACCACUAGGGGAUGUUUUGCACAGGUUACACUUUCAGAAACCUAGGACCUGGUACAUAGUGUGGUGUUUGCACCUGUUUAUAAUGUGCAAAUAAACCAAAGAGAUACUGUCUGAUUUACAAAGCAAGCACAAAGGGUUGAAUUCACCAUGAGCUGAGCUGCAGAGCACAUAGCAUCUCUGUAUGUCUGUGCUGUAUGUACCAUUAUAAAUGAAAGAUCCUGAUUUAAGAGCAAAAUUGACCCCUCACUAUGCAAAUCAACCUCUUUGAACAAAUUGCCUAAUUCACAAACACUGCCAAUAAGAGCCACGUGCCAUUUGAGUUGAUCUUCUACCAUCUACUGAGCAUUGUAAUGACAAUUCCACCUUAAAAAAAAGUUUACCUGCAUGUAAUUUCAGUUUAUAUAGCUUUGACAUGACUAGUACAGUUCUAUGCAAAAUUAGAAAUCUGUCUGAAUAAGCAGACACAAGAGAUGCUGACAGUUUACUUCCACAAUCAGACGAACAACAAGAGCAAACUGCACAGGUUAGUGUUGUGUUUCUUCAAUGGAACAGAAGUGCAAUAUACUCUGAGCAGAUGAUGUACAAGCCUUGGUACUGUUAGUGCAUUAAGAGUGUGAAAAAUGGCCCUUUAAGAAAAUGUAUCAUUGAAAAAUGUUGGAAAAUGUUUAAAAAUAACAUUUAUUAUGUUAUUUUAAAAUUUUCUCCCCUAAUAUUUUACAUCUCUGUACAGGCACAUUACUGUUACUGUGUUUGUAUACAUAUUUGACCUUCUAACAUCUGGUGUUAUGUAAUUUCCUAAUUUAAAAAAGUAACAUUUUCUUUCACUUU